GUAUGAGAUGUGUCGCCUUUAAUCAUUGGAAACAAGGAGGGAGAGCGAUUUGAACCACUUGUUGUCUUGUUGAGAGGACAAACACAAAUUAGUAGCUUACAAAAUUUACAAUCACUCUUUUAUUUUUUUUAUUUUUUUAUUUUUAUUGAAGCUUUUGCUCAAUCUGUACAACAAUGGCGGUAAAUCCAUCGCCUCUCUCCUCCUCCUCCUCAUCGUCGUCGUCUUGCUCCCACUGCUCCCCUCCCUUGAAUCGUGCUGUCCCUCCCCGCCCUUCUUUCGCUUUCUUCAACCCAACCUCGCCGAAGCUUGCUGCAUCCCUCAGCGAAGCCCCGCGGCUCGUUUGCGUUCGCUCUCGGACCCGCAAUUCCGAUUCAUCAGACUUUUCUUUCGGAGACGGGGUCGGAUCCAAUAGAAUUAUGGAUUCGGCUGACGACGGAGCUCCGUUUGGAUCUUCCGUAUCUUCCUCCUCUUCGUCUACUACUUCUUCGGCCAUUGAUUUUCUUACGUUGUGCCAUCGGCUUAAGACAACAAAAAGAAAGGGAUGGAUCAAUCAUGGAAUAAAUGGUCCUGAGUCUAUUGCUGACCAUAUGUACCGCAUGGCAUUGAUGUCUUUGAUUGCUGGUGGCCUUCCUGGUGUGAACAGGGAAAGGUGUAUUAAGAUUGCAAUAGUGCAUGAUAUUGCAGAAGCUAUUGUUGGAGAUAUAACACCAUCUGAUGGUGUUCCUAAAGAAGAAAAGAGCAGACGAGAGCAGGCAGCUUUGAAUGAAAUGUGCAAAGUUCUUGGUGGAGGGACAAGGGCUGAAGAGAUUAAAGAACUUUGGGCAGAGUAUGAAAACAAUUCUUCCUUGGAGGCGAAUCUUGUGAAGGAUUUUGACAAAGUUGAAAUGAUUUUGCAAGCAUUGGAAUAUGAAAUAGAGCAUGGAAAAGUGUUGGAUGAAUUUUUCCUCUCAACAGCAGGAAAAUUUCAGACUGAUAUCGGGAAGAGUUGGGCCGCCGAGAUCACCUCUAGGAGAAAUUUGAGAUUGGCAAAUAGGAUUAAAUGACGGUUUGGCUGAAUUAGGAUUUAACAUAUUUCACAGUUGUCCAAAAUAAUGAAUGGAAGGUGCCCUUACCCAGCCACAUUCUCUUUACCAAUUUUUGCUGCGGAAUAGGGAAGGGCAAGUAGUUGUAUUUGUAUUUUGAAGCAACUGAACCUAAAUUUUAAUUCCCUGGUGAAUUACCGGGGGGGCUUUUUCAGCGCAGGAAGCUGUUUAGAGUGCCGGAUUCCAGCCCAGAGGGCUAAUUUAUUUUGCAAUUUGCAGUGUACUGCCAAAUCAGAGUACCUAAGUAUUGGAAGUAGGAAAUUACUUCCAUUUUGAACUCA